AUGAAGUUCCUUGCUUUGUUGACUCUAUCCUUGAUCGGCACAUCCGUCGCCGCUCCUCUUGACAGGAGAGCAGCAACACCCACUUCAAAGGGUGUCGCCAAAGCAACUCCAAGCACAGCUGGUGGUGGAGCAGCAAAACCACCAGCGGCCAAGGCAACGCCCAGUACAGCAGGAGGUGGUGCAGCAAAGGCACCUCCCAAAGCCUCACCUACUCCAGCAGGAGCAGAUCCCGCUACUCCAGAACCUGCCACUCCAAAUUCAAGCACGCCAGGAGCGCAGCCCUCAGCUGGAGCUGGAACCGGGGGUAACACCACUGGGUCGACCGGAACAGCUCCGAUCGCUCCUAACAUUCAGACUGGCGGAACUCCAGGAGCACCAGCAGUUCAAUAUGCAGCUGGCGCUUUCGCAAACGAUGCCACCACCGUCUCUGCCUCGUUGAAUGCUUUGGGUACCGAGCAGAAUCCAGAGAUGAUCAGAGCCCUCGCGUCGGUUGCUUUCACCGCUGAGUCGGACGAAGAUCAACGACGAAACGUCCUCAACACCGCUGGAGGAAGUGCCGCUAAGAAUGCCAAUUCUUUGAUCGUCAAGAACACUCCCGCUGUCCUCGAUGGUCUUCAAGCGAUUAUGAAUGACCCGACACCAGCAAAUGCCAAGUCUAACCUCCAGACCAUUGAGGCUGCCAGGUAUGUCGUCUAG